GGUCACCCUGAUAAAUACAAUGCUCGAUGGACAUGAUGGAUCUUCUUCUUGCAUCUUGCAUUAGAGUACUCUCCUAAAAGCAUUGCUGCUGUCCUGGAGAGGGUGGGUUGCGAUUCCAUGUGUGCUCUUUGUGUGUGCUAUUAGGGUGCUUAUCGGAUGGUGGUAUUGUCAAUUUGUCCUGAGAGAUACAACUGGUAGCUCCAUCCCUCUUAUAGUUGGGAGAGCUUCUGUCUGGAACUCUUUCAAAGUGGUCGCAGUAACCGCAGCCUCUGGUAGCCUGUUCCAAAUCCGAACAGCUCUUGGGAAAGGGCUAUAAAGGUAGCAGUCAACUCUGGUGAUGUCUGUGCACGGAAGCUGUCCAUGGUGAUAAACAGAACUUUGAAGAUCCAAGUACAAUUGAGAAAACCAUCGGUAUGAAGAAAUCAGCAAGUGCUACUCGAUUAUCAGAGGCCCCAGAGCUUAGGCAGAGUGAUACAAGCAACAGCUUAAGGACUACCAAGACACAGGUACCCUCCAAAAGGAAACUGACAUUGAGUAAUGCUACCAUGAAAGCUGCUGGUACCAAGGAUGAUGAUCAACAUAAAGAUUCUGCAGAGAAGUCUUUGGUGCGGUACAUCAACAAAGUGAUGAUCAAGAAGAUAUCAGGCAAAGAAGAGCUGCGAGAUAUCACAACCCUGAAUUUGAUUCUAACAACAAAGGACAAUGGAAAGAAAAUACGGUACAUUGAAAAUCUUGAGGGUCUUACAAAUCUCCAAGUCCUGAUGAUCAACCACAACCAGAUCAGCAAGAUAGAAAACCUCCAUCACCUAAUGCGACUCAGGGAACUAAACAUCAGCUGCAAUAGGAUCAACAAGGUGGAAGGUCUGGAGACCUUAACACACCUGCAAACCUUAAACCUGUCUCACAAUCUUAUUGAGACAAUUCCAGCCUGGCUAGCCAAGAAACUCACUGCACUGAGAGCAUUCCACAUUGCUGGGAAUCUGCUUUACUCUUUGUCUGAUGUAUUUAGACUGCGUCCACUCAAGGAUCUGAUGCAGCUUUCGAUAGCUGACAAUCCAUUAUGUGACCUUCCACACCACAGGCUGUUUGCUGCGUUUCACCUUCGGACACUGCAGGUUCUAGACAAGCAGACAAUCACAGAGAGUGAGAGAAAGCAGGCAGAUGACAGGUUCGAGCAAGAGAUUAGCUGGAUUACAGGCAGCUCUUGCAGCAGCUGAAGCAGAGAAACAUCAGCUGAAAGCUACUUUACAAGCUGAGCAUAACAGUAAACAAGCUGAAGAGAAUGAAACACUAA